GUCCACUCAAAUAGAGCAAAACGAGAGAUGUUAGGCUUCAAUCAGCAUUCACUUUCAUUGCAUCUUUUCCCAUAGAGUAUAUGAAAUGGUGCCUGAAGCUGUCUGACAUCUCCUUUUGUGAUCCGCAGAAGAAGUCAUUUCACACAGGUUUGGAAUAACACAUCUUUGGUCGAACGGUCGAAGUGACUUGAUAUUAAACCGAGCAGGGCGCGGACUUCUGCCACCUCUACUGCGCAUGCGCGGUGUCAUCGCAACUGAUAAACACCGGUGGCCAAGAUGUCAUCGCCGCGGGAGCUCGAGGCAGCAGAAUACCUCGAGAAACACAAAAUUAUUGAGCUUAUGGAUAAUUUAACUAGUAUGCUCUUCUUCUACAGACCAGACCGUCCUAGAGAAUUUCUGAUAGACCAGCUUGAAAAGCUGAAAGUUUCGGAAGUUCAUCCAGGAAAGCCUCCGUGCCUCUUUAACGAGUCCAACUUAGAUACGCUGUUUGGAGUCCUGGAUCCUUCCCAUCAAGGCUCGAUCACUUACAGUCAAUACAAAGAAGCACUGAAGACACUUGGCAUCAAGAAUUUCAAUGAGUUCCCAGAAGGAGCCAGUGAUGACAGAAUAUCACAAGAGACGUUCAUGAGAGAGGCGACAGAAGGGCUUGUCGGAAGUGCAGCAACAGUCCAGCUAUAGGAGAACUCUGUCCUAAGUAUCU